GAACAAGUUGGAGCAAUUUUCAGGCAAUGCCUUCAAUAAGACAACUAUGGAAAUAGUGCUGCCAGCUACAACCAGUAAAGGUUACGUAUAUUGUUUCCACCUCCAAGAUCAAAGACCCAAUACUCAAAGAGUACAAGUUGUGCACUGAAUACGGUGAUGGACGCAAUGGUUCGUCUCUCCGGCGAUGCCGGAGGCGAUCCUGCGAGAUCCACAUCGAACCCUACCCAACCUCGAUCCAAGAUUGAUCCCCCGAAGAACCAGCACCUAGAGAAUCAGAUUAACCCCUCGAUCCACCAAAUUACCCAAUCCCCCGGCCCCAACAACCACGUUAAGCCCGUGAUUCUGAGCCUUGACAAUUUCCGCAAACUGAGAACCCUCGUCCUAAAUUCCCCUGACCCCGCCCGAAACCUCCAGAUCUGCCGCGAGAGAGUGGAGGAAAUCUUCAGUCGAUGGGGCAUCCGACCGACGAAUCCCCCGCCAGCCAAAUCAGAGAUUUUCCAGUACACACCAACAUUGAGGAACACCCAGAGACCUCAACCCUCCGAGCGCGAUUCCGACGAUGGCGCCCCCCACCUUAAUCACUCCCCCGACGCCCCUCAACCCGCUGAAGAUUCCACGCCCGUUGAUGUGCCGGCCACCCGCCGGAUUUUAAUGCUCGAGUCAUCCCCGGAGGCCCCGACGCGCCUUGAAGUCCAUCAUGGCGCCCAGACUGGGCGCGCCCUCCCGUUGAUGUUUUAUGGGGGCCUAAUUCUCCGGAGAAAUCUCUGCUCCGACAAGCUUAUAUUUUGGCCGCGGCCCCUGACCGGAGCGAGCUGGCCCUGGCGACUGGCGGCAUGCCCCUCCAGGCCACCAACGGCGCCAAGACUUCGGAGGCCGCCCUCAGGCGGCAGAAGGGCAAGCUGCCCAUGCAGGAACCUGGUCAGGCACAGGACAAGAUGUCCAUCGUCGUCAACAUGACCAGGGCCCGGAGCGCCAUGCGUGCUCGAUAUCUGGCUGUGGGCAUCUUCCUGUCCGUGCUCGCCAUCACGUCCAAGCAGCUCGUUGACAACCUGAAGCGUGUCUGGAAGAUCCGCGGCAGCGUCGACUCUCAUUCCCUUGGAGACAGGUGCUUCAUCCUCGAGUUCACGAAGGAAGGCGACUACAACCACGUCAUCCGCGGCGGCCCCUGGAGAUACCGCGGCGACGCGAUCCUGAUCGAGGCGCUGAAGGACGGCGAAGACCCAGAGACGGUGACCUGGGGCCCGGUGCCCAUCUGGGUCCAGUUCAAGAACAUCCCACACUACCUCCUGUCCAAGGAGCUGACUACGGAUCUUGGCCGUAAGCUCGGCUCCCUCAUUAACAUCGAUAACAACUCUCGGGGUGAUAUCUGCAGCAAAUUUGUCAGAGACCGUGUGCUCCUGCCAAUCAACAAAGCACUCCAAAAGCUGAUCUCCCUCAUCGAUGAUGUCACAGAAGAGGAAGUGGUGGUGUAUGUCUUCUACGAGCGCCUCCCAACUUCUGCUUCCACUGCGGCCUCAUCGGACAGCAAGAAGGCGAACAACUACAGCCCCGAGCUGUGUGUCGACGCAUUCCGGCACAACGACCCGCGAUGCUGGUUCCUCCCUGAGACCACUGGCCAGGGUCGCCGACAGAGUCCAUCUACCCUCCUGUGGCGCAUCCCCAGCGAACCAGCUACGUCCUCCUCCACAGCUCAAACCCGGAUCGCCAACACGCCAUCGCAAACUUUGUCGCUGCCGGCGUUGCUAACCUCUCAGUGCAGGAUCUGCCCCGAGCUGCGUCUCCUACCUGCAACCAGCCGGUCGCCCCUCCUACAGACACCACUGAAAAGCAACUGCAGCCGAUGCCUGAGUCCCCACCAGUUCACGCCACCGACAACCAACACGCAGCUCCUCCGCACAAGAAAACCAGCAGCUGGAAGAGGCAAGCCCGGAAGGAGAAGGGAUCCACGGCGGCGGCGCCAACCCAGUGCCCAAUCCUGGGGGCUCCGCGGCCACGGCCUGAUGAAGAUGAAGACAUGGCACUGGCCCCUGUGGCCAAAAAACCUUCCCACCUGUGGCCGUCCCUUGAAGCUUGCCUUGGUGUGGACGGGCUCCGCAGGCUGAGAGAGAUGGAAGACCAAGGCGACUUGAACAUCACCAAUGAGAUCAGGAACCGGAGCAACUCUGCUGGGGGGGGGGGGGGGGGAGAAUCUGAAUCUCUUGUAAUCAUUCUUGGUAGUGAGGAGACAGAGAACAAUGUAAUACCAAAUGUAGCUGCUAGGGAGGCAGAGAGUGAUGCUCAGAGUGAGAUAGGCAGAGAGAAGGAAGAAAAUCAUGAGGCAAAAGAAGUAACUUCGGAGGCAGCCGACCCUGGGGCCGUCGGCAACCUGACAGGCACGCUGGACAGUGCCUGUCAGGAGCAAUGAUGACGCUAGCUUGGAACUGUCGCGGGUUGGGCCGCCCGCGGACAGUUCAAGACUUGACCCGCUUGGUCCAAGUGCAUUGUCCGAAGAUCGUGUUUUUAUCUGAAACAUGCCAGAAUAAGAAUAAGAUUGAAGAUCUCCGCUGGCACCUCGGCUUGAAGAACGUGCUCACUGCCUCCAAUGAAAUUCGCGGUAAGAAAAGCAAAGGGGGAGGUUUAGCCUUGUUCUGGGAUGAGAAUUUAGAUGUCCAACUUCUGGGACUUAGCAACCGUAUCAUUGAUGUUUUGAUCUGUGAUCAGACCAAAGGAAUAAAAUGGAGAUGCACUUUCAUUUAUGAAGAGCCACGUGUUCAUCUCCGUCACCAUAUAUGGGACCUCUUACGUCGUAUCAAAACUGUUAGCAAUUUCCCUUAGUGUGUGAUUGGAGAUUUUAAUGAAUGUGCCUGGCAAGAAGAGCACUUUUCUGCUAGCAAAA